AUUAGUAUACAGCGGAGCUGUCAUCCCGUUAUCCUUGCUACAAGUGAGCUUCCUGUCAAAUGAAACACAGAAAAUAUGUAAUGUGUGUAAGUUUUGAGUGUGUGAAUUUUAUCAGCGUGAAAUUAGUAAAUAUAAAAUGUGUGAAAUCAUUACAAAGAAGCUCAUAGAUAAAAUGUUGCAUAGCCGCAACGGAAUGUGUUAAUCUACAACAAUGUAUAUAUAAGUAUAGUUUAGCUUUAGAGCUAGAGAAUAUACCUGCUAAUUGAAAGUCCGCAGAAAUCCAAAGUGCUUGUAGCAUAGUAGAUAGUGAAUGUUUUAUUUCAUAGAUACCUAAACAUACCAAGUAGUGGAAUCCGUAGUGAAAUCAUGUGCAUUGCGACCCCCAUCUGCUCCGCGGGCUGGCCCAGUCACCUCAAUCGCAAAUAAAAUAUUUAAAGGGAAUAUCAUAAUUUGACCUCGCUUUGAAGUGGGUGUGUGGCAGAAAGAAAUAUUUUUCGCCAAUUUGACGCACGCACACACACACACACACUGAAACACAAACAUACACACGUACACUUAACUCGCAAAUACCCACCGUUUGCAAUAUGAAAGUGAUGCGCAUACGCCACGCGAAACUAAUCGUAGCCGUAGUGGUCAUAGCCAAUCUCAUACUAUUUUAUUACUCGUGGAAGUCGACCAUUUGGAAGAGUCUCACCUCCACGCUCAUGCCCGGCGACGCAGCAGAGAGCGCCGCGUCAGCUGAUAGUGAGCUCGGCGGCGUUGGUGCCGGCGCCGCAGGACGUGGCGUGGGCAAAUCGCCGCGCGAUAAGCUCAAGAAUGCAAACAAACAUAUACGCAAAUCCAUAACGGUUGUAUUUCGUAGUUUUUAUAAUUUCGAAAAUGAUCUCAAAGCAUCCAUUGACAAUCUGCUCGAUAUUGUGCCGAAUUUGUCGGUGUUGGUGCUAUUGGAGGGUACACCCUAUCCACCGGUCAUCUAUGAGCGCAACAUCACCGUCACCAGCGGCGAGGAGAACACUGUGCGCUUCAUCAAUCUCGGCUUCGAUGUGCGAAAGACACCGGAGCAAUUAAAUGCGCUCGCGGCCAUACACACGAAAUAUGUGCUAUUCCUGCCGGAUAGCGUGCGUUUGACGAGUAAAAAUCUCUUGCAAAAGAUUUUGCGCGAAAUCAAUUCGGCCAUGCCAUUGGGCGCUGGCAUAGCGGCAAGAGCGCCGCUCAAGGCGGGCGAAGUGAAACAUCAGCAAGAGGCGCGCGCCUUGUUGCCGCCUGUAGGUCCAGAGGAGACGGUUAGACGUUUGGUGAUAGUGCCGUUCGCCGGCAAUAUGAAGUCGUUUAGCAGUUGUACGCAAAUCAACUUGGAUCUACCCAAUUGGACGAUACAAUAUGUGGCGGUCAACAGCAGCGACAAGUGUGACUUGUAUUUGCAAAAGCAUGCCAUACUCGUGGAUGUGGGCGUACUCAAGGAGCUGCCCGACCCAUUCGUCUCGCCAUUUCCCGAAAUGUUUUACAUACAGGCGAAAUUGGCUGGCAUUUCUAAAACUGUAUUCCCACAAACCUUCCAAGAUGGACGCCGACUAUUCGCUUCGUAUCAUACGAAACAACGUCGCACUGAGAUACGACGUCGGCAGUUUAAGGAACUAUACAAGAAGCUUCAGAUCAAACGUAUCAUACGCCGUUCACAUAAAGUCAUCUCGAAGAGUGAUACGAAAGAGAGCGGUGGUGGUGGCGGCUCACAUCACAAUCUCGUACUGGAUACACAAUUUUCCUCAUCGAACUUCAGUUUGCCGCUGGUAACGGAAAUCGAUUUAAUCGGUUGUGAACGCACCACAAAAUCUUGUGUCGGCACUGUCUAUAACAAUCGGCCCUUCUACAUUUAUUUGGACAAACAUACGCCCCCAUGUUGCCUUGACAAACUCAAAACGACAUUCAAUCAUGUACUCGAGGAGUUCGAGAAUGUCGGCAUACGUUAUUGGUUGGACAAUCAGGCCUUGCGUACAGCCAUCGAGACGAAUCAUCUGCAUCCGGAUGCUUAUGAAAUCGAUAUCAGUUUUAAUGUCAAUGAUUUGGAGCGUUCGAAUGCGAUGAAAAAGUCCCAAAAUAAACCAUAUGUAGACAAUGAGGGCUUCUACUGGAUUAAGGCCACGGAUGGGCAUUAUUUUAAAGUGCAAUUUUCGAAAAUUAAUCAAAUCGGUGUAAAUUUAUUACCAUUCGAAAUCAAUGGUAAUGAGGUGAGACCAAGUGGAUUUUUCGGUUGGAAAGCCAAAGAAUUCUCCGCCGACUAUCUGCAUCCGAUGUCGACGGUACUGUUUUUGGGCAAAAGUGUAAUGUGUCCGAAUAAUGUGCGAGAAUUCUUGGACUUUAAGAAUGUGUAAUGCAGUGAUUGGCGAAAGGAGGCGGAAGAAACACCGCCAUGAAGCACUAAACAUACAAAUGGUAUUAGAAGCGUUGAUCUAUUGAAGCACUCUCGAGAUCUUACAUAAAAUAACACAAUGUGUAGUAAAAAUCACCGAAAAUAUACGUCAGCGGCUAUUUAAGAGGUGUGGCUCAUUAGAGACUGGCACUUGAGGCUAUAUUAUUUCAAAUUCAUAUCCAUUAAGUUGUCUUCAAGAUAUAUUCGCCAUUUUUAGAUUGUUUAAAGCAAAUAUAAAUAAUAUUUUUCCAUCAGUACCUUCAUAAUUCAUGUAUCUCUCGUAGUCCAAAGUGCUUCAAUAUAUUUUUGAUCUUCAAAAGGAGGUGGAAGAAAGAUUGUUUUAGUUUUGCAGAAAACUAAACAAAUUUUGCAAUUUUAUUGCUUUGCCGAACAAUGACGUUUGGUGAGUGUGUAGUUCGUUUGAAGCCAUUCGUCAGUCCCGUGUUUUUUAAAACCACACCUCGUAGAACCAUGCGCAAAAUAUGAGGAAUUAAUAAAGACCAAAUAAUUGUACGAAUUAUAUUAAAACAGAGCUAAAGGGAUUUACAUAGAAAAUAUAAGUGUGACUUUACUUAAACGGAAUAAAUUAAUCGCAAUGAUCUCUAAAGGGAAAGAAUUAUAAAAAUAAAGAUACUGAGGUUAAGUAUGCACCAAAUUUAAAAGAUUUUAAUGGAAUUGUAUAUAGU